ACUUUUACCACCCCCUCCCUCCCUCCACCCCAUGCAUCGUUUAAUCUGCCCCCGCUGCCAUGAACAAGAAAACUCCACCAUCGUCGCCGCCUACAUCAGCGUCAUCUCCGGCUAUCCCGAUGGCGCUGCCCCCUCAAACUUAGAGCACCACCACAGCCACAGCUCUGACUGCCGGCAUUCAGCAGAAUCAUCGUCCUCCGCCGCGCCGGAGGGCGACACACAGAAGACGAGGAAGUAUCGUGGUGUGCGGCAACGCCGGCCGGGUAAAUGGUCGGCGGAGAUUCGAGUUCCGAAGCAAGAUCGUCGCGAGUGGUUGGGGACUUUCUUAACCGCCGAGGAAGCCGCGCGGGCUUACGACCAGGCCGCGAUCAGGUUCCACGGCUUAGAGGCUAAACUCAAUUUUCCUGAUCAAAAUUUGAUGGGCUCCGACGUCGUGGGAGAUCAAAUUCGAGCUGAAAUGGAUUCAUCGGCGGCGGCGGCGGCUGAGGAGGACAAUGGUGUAGAGGAGAAUGAUGACAUUUAUGGUCCUUUGUCGCCGCUGUGUGAGCUUGAUGACAGGAUGCCGCCUGGUUUUUGAUCAACAAUAUUCACAAAAAAUCUCUUUUUCUAAAAAGUUUUAUUGGAUUUUGUGAGUUAAAAUAUUUAUGAUACCUAAGAUGUUAUAAAAGUAUUGCCUCCACAUCUCCAAUAUGCCACUCACAUCAUGCCACAUCACCCACUCCAUGAUAAUGUGGUUCAUGGUGUUAUGUCGUGCUGUCCAUAUAGG